CUUAUCGGAUAUCGAUAUCCUUUACCUGUUGAAGAAUAUAAAAUUGAAAUAAAUUUCUUUGGAAAAACAAACAUUUAUCUUCGUAUAGUUUUUUCACAUUUUCGCCUAGCUAGUGGUGAAUAAUUUUGGACAGAAGGAGCACUGGACUUUUUCCGUGGAAAUCAUAGAAAAAUUAAAUUAAAAAGGCACAAAAAGGAAAUGAAUCUCCUCGCCGAACUUCUUUGCCAGUAUAAAAAUAAAUUCACAUAUGAAAAAUCGGGUUCCUGGGUGCCACUGAAUAUGUUUAUCCAUCGAUUCCGGGCUCAGAUUACCACCAUUGACCUGAAAUUAAAUAAGCAUUACUUACUCCAAAUAAAAUAUAAACAAACAAGUGCGUACCUUUUUUGUUUACAAUUUUAACAGCUGAUGAGUGAAGUGCUGUUAACCUUUCAUAGUUAUCGAUAAUCUGUUAUUAUUAUCGGAAUAUUGCUCACUUGCUAAGGAUUCCAUGAAAUUUAAACAAAUGGACUUUGUGACGACAACUGGGGAGGGAAGUUUUCUGCGAAACAAGAUUCGUGCAUAUGCCAAGGAUCACCGUGUUGAGUGCCGCAUAAAGGCGAAAGACUCAUUGCGCAUUGGACUUGGACAGGUUAAGCAGGAAGUGGCGGCUCUUGAGAUGGGCACCAAGGACGUCAUUGGAAUGGCCAGCAGGAUCAAGCGUCGCAAGCACGCCACCUCCGAGGAUCUGUGCCGCUUGUCGCUGGGGUUCCUCCAGAGCAAUGACAACAUCAAUGCAUUCGCAGCUAUUCCUGGCGCCAUUCAGGUUCUGGUUAAGGAGCUAACUGGACCUCACAUUCAACGACAGACAGAUGCCGUGGAGUGCUUGUGUAAUCUUUCCUUGGGCGAGGCCCAUGUCUCCGAAAAGAUUGUCACUUUGGCGGGCAGCUACAUGGUCACCUACCUUGAUGGCAAGGCCGAACGCCUCAAGCGCAGUUGCCUGUGGACACUGGCCAACGUUCUGGGCACAUGCGACAAGGCCGGCAGCGUAUUGCUGCAAAUGCAAAUAGUACCCAAGCUGUGGAGGCUCUACAUCGAGCCCAAUGGCUGCCAAGAAGAUGCGGCCAUCUGCCUCUCCCUGGUGGCCACCCGCUGCCCGCAGCAUGUGAGUGACGAGGAUCGAAGGUACAUUGGCCAGAAUCUGCCUGAGAAGCUCCACGGCCAGCCUGCCAGCGAGUACUUCAUGUACAUAGUGCACCAACUGGAAAUAGUGACACAGGAGCACAAGUUAGAUGCUCAACAGGCCGAAUGCCUGGUGCGUUUCUUUGAAGCCACCUUAGCAUCGCCAGCCGACCGGCUGUGCCUAAUCUACGCCGUGCGUGUAAUGACCAAUCUGGUAGCCCUAGGUGACACAAGUCUAAUAUUCGCACUGGCAGACCCGCAGAAUCUUGUGCAAACCCUAAACCAGCUCUUCGCUCUGCGAGAUCCAGAUCUCAACCUGGACGCGAUGCGCUUGCUCAAGAACUGUCUGCACUUGAAGGUAGCAGAUUCCAACCUGGUACUGAAUAGCUUGCAAAUAUACGCAUAGGCUUAUGGUUAAGAAUAAGUCUUGCAAAUCUCUUUAUUGGUCUUAGAGUACAUAUAAAUAUAAAGCCACGGACUUUUGAGUACUCGAGAAUGUAUUGUAAAUGAACAUGGAUUGCCGCUAAGCAAAACUAAAUCACUAAUGGAAACAGAAUAAAAUAAAUAAAUAAU